AUGAUCUUGGAGCAUACUUUAAUUGGCGUGCUCUUCGUCAUGAGUGCGAUGAGUUGGGUACGAUCAAAUCCAGCGCCGGGCAAAUUAAGCCCAAAAAGUAUACCGUCAACCACCAGAAAAAAAGAUCCUCAAGUAUCAUACCAAUAUCCAGUUUAUGGACCUCAGUUAAUCAAAAAUAGAAGUACCGAAUAUGUGCCAGGAAUAGGUGAAGUCAUCGUAGCGCAAGACCGAUUUGAGUCUCGCCCGUUAUUCGCAUAUAAAAAUAAGAAUCAAGAAGCAGGAUAUAGUUACAAUGUACCAUCCGGUCCUACCCUCUCCUUAAAAACCACAACAUCCGCUCCUGAUGUGACGCCCAGUAGAAAUUCUUAUGACUCUCCAUAUUCAUCUUAUAAUCCUCCCGAGUUUAAGCCAUAUGAUACGUUUGACCCAAGUUCAGUUUCAAAAGACAACCCUAAAUCAAAAGAUAAAGCGAAACCUCAAAAUGAUGAGUCAUAUCCAUCUUUAGGACCGCCGUUAGCUGUAAUUAAUGACGACAAAAAGGUAGACAAUAGUUAUGGUAACCUUCCUUAUGACGAAAAUGAACAGGAUUAUGAACACGUACCUCAAAAUCAUGAACAACACGAUAAGCCGUCGCACCCGCCAGCAGAUAUUGACGCCACCUAUUAUUCUUCUGGUUAUUCAAAAGGUCCACCUGAUCCUCCAAUGAGCGGCGAAAACGAUCCUGUUGACACAAUGAUGGUCCAGCAAGAUGACUUACAUGGAAAAAUGCCUUUUGAAACUCCUGAGCAUACUGCGGUUAGAGCUCCAGCCUCACCUCAUUACGAUGACCCACAUUCUUUUCCUUCAUAUCUUUUCGAUCAUCAGCAUUAUGACAAUCAUGUCUAUGAAGAGAUUCCACAUACGACGGAGGCCGCAAAAGAGGACAAACGUGUAAGCAGCACAAACUACAGUUAUUACUAUUUAGGAAGAAAACUGUGGUAUAUACCUUUAUACUUUAGUAUAUACUUCAUCAUUUACGUUACUGUACUUAUUCUUAAAUCCAUAGCAAGACAUAAGGUCAGGCUAAAGUAUAAAUGGUAUGAACACGACACUAGUGCUAAACAGGCAAGGAGUAUGGAUCUUACGUUUAAAGGAGAUGAAUCUUUACUUUCUAAUUUACACAAUAACGUAUCCAUUGCUUUGGAAAAAACAACUUCUAAAUAUGAUAAGUUUGUGCCUAAGUAAAUUAUAAUCAAUGAUUUAAA